CCGCGCUCGCGAGAUCUCGCCGCUCCCUCCGGCCCAGGGCUCCAGAGGGACCAACAUCCGGGUCCUUUUUCACCUUCUCCACCGCCCCCUUGGAGAGGGGGCAUGGCCGGUCCUGCCGCCCCCAGCGGAGCCGCCCCCGACUGGGCGGCCUUCGAAGAAAAUGUCCAGGGCGGGGGCUCGGCCGUCAUCGACAUGGAGAACAUGGACGACACAUCGGGCUCCAGCUUUGAGGACAUGGGGGAGCUGCACCAGCGCCUCCGGGAGGAGGAGGUGGACGCCGAGGCCGCCGCCGCUGACGAAGAAGAUGGCGAGUUCCUGGGGAUGAAGGGCUUCAAGGGACAGUUGAGCCGCCAGGUGGCCGACCAGAUGUGGCAGGCCGGAAAGAGGCAGGCCACCAAGGCCUUCAGCCUGUACGCCAACAUCGACAUCCUCCGGCCCUACUUUGACGUGGAGCCCGCCCAGGUGCGCAGCAGGCUUCUGGAAUCCUUGAUCCCCGUCAAAAUGGUCAAUUUCCCCCAGAAGAUCGCAGGUGAGCUGUACGGACCCCUCAUGCUGGUCUUCACUCUGGUGGCCAUCCUCCUGCACGGCAUGAAGACGUCUGACACCAUCAUUCGAGAGGGCACCUUGAUGGGCACCGCCAUCGGCACCUGCUUCGGCUACUGGCUGGGCGUCUCCUCCUUCAUCUACUUCCUGGCCUACCUGUGCAACGCCCAGAUCACCAUGCUGCAGAUGCUGGCCCUGCUGGGCUACGGGCUGUUCGGACACUGCGUGGUCUUAUUUGUCACCUACAACGUCCACCUCCACGCCCUCUUCUACCUGUUCUGGCUGCUGCUGGGCGGGCUGUCCACCUUACGCAUGGUGGCGGUGUUGCUAUCGCGGACGGUGGGCCCUACCCAGCGGCUGCUCCUGUGCGGGACCCUGGCCUCUCUCCACAUGCUCUUCCUGCUCUACUUGCACUUUGCCUACCACAAGGUGGUGGAAGGACUCCUGGACACCCUGGAGGGCCCCAACGUGCCCCCCUUCCAGCGAGUGGCCCGGGACGUCCCGGCCGGGCCCGCCGUGGCCGUGCUCAACGACACCGUGAAGGCCCUGCUGCUGACCCUGCGACCCCGCUGACCCUCAGGCAUUCUGGGCCGCCCUCCCGGACGCUGCCCCGUCCGCCCGAGGGAAUGAUUAAAGGACCAUGCUGGGCACCUGGGCGUGGUCGCUAGAGGCCGGGCUUUCUGCAUGCCACCCUCCUUCCACCCCACUCCCGGGACUCCUGCCCCUGCCUCCCUCCUCCCACCCCCGGCCCUGUCCCGCCCCUGGAUCCUGCAGCCCCAGUCUCAACCUGGGACCCGCUUCCCCUCCCUCUGCCACAGAAGGCAGGGACCCCCGGGGUCAGGCCCCAAACCACACGUGCCCACGGGAGGCACAUCCAGGGCAAGGCCACGGUUCCCACCCAGCGAGCACUGAUGCUCCCUGGUCCCCCUAACCCAGCUCCGCACUCCUUUAGAGUGGCAGGGUGGAGCAGGGAAAGAGGGAGAGCGUGCACGCUGUGCAGGGCUUCAUCCCCCAGACAGCUGUCUUGGGUUAAGCUCCCCGGUCUCUUCUGCCCCAGCUGGAGCCCCUUCCCUCUCUACCCCUUCCGCCCCCAACCCCAUCUUUCCACAUCCCAUGGACCCAAGAAUUAGAGCCGGAAGUCCAGCCCCAUUCUAGGUCUUGCACCUAUGAGGGGAAGGCGAACCUGCGAGGGCCUUCUCUGAACCCAGUUGAGUUUGAUGCAAGGACUCACAAACUCCCCUCUCCUCUGCCCUACACACCCCACCGUGCCCAACACACAAACACACCCACACACCCCUGGGGGCUACCGGUGCUUUGUAAUCUGAGCAGUAGUGUUUGAGAGCUGGGAAGCAGGCGCAGACUGGCUGACCUCUGUGCUUUUCCUGCUGCCUUGGGUUCCCCACCCUUACCUGGCCAGAGAAGCAGCGGGGCCAGUGGAAAGAACACAGCUCUAGGACUCAGGACACCCGACCUCUAGUCCCAGCUCCACCAUUUGCCUGCUCUGGGACACGGGGCGAGCCACAUCGUUUCUCUGUGCCUCAAUUUCCUCGUCUGUAACAUGGGGACUCGGUACCUGUUCUCCCUCUCCCUUAGACUGUGAGCCCCAUGGGGGACAGGGACUGUGUCCGAUCUGACUAGAUUGUAACCGUCCCAGGGCUUGGCCCACAGUGCUUAACAAAGUUCACAAUUAUUAUUAUUAUUAAUAUUAUUAUUAUUAUGGCCAAGA